UGGGGAACAAAACAAAAACAAAUAGGAGAAACCAAGUAACUUUGAUAUGUGAGAAUACGAGCGAAUGACGACUGCACAAAUGGAUGGAGUUAGAGUAGCAGGUACAAAACACACAACAACACCGGCAAGGCAACCAUCAUCACAAGUCAUAUAUGUAAAGUCUUAAAAUUUAAUACAUAUCCAGUCAAAAAAUCUCAGUAUAAAGAGCGAUUUGGAAAGAAGAUAAUGAAGGAGAAGAAAAUGAUGUUGAUUCAAAAUUGUACAGACAUGAAACCAGAAGAAGAUAAUGGAGAAGAAGAAGGAAAGACAGUUGUGGUGGGAGUGAAGAUGGAUCAACAGAGUAAAGAAUUACUAACAUGGGCUCUUGUUAAAGUUGCUCAACCUGGUGAUCAUGUCAUUGCUCUUCACGUCCUCAACCACAAUAAUUCUACUGAGAUUCUUGAUCCAAAUGGGAAUUCUUCACUGCUUGCGUUGGUUAAAGCGUUUGAUUCUGUACUCUCUGUUUAUGAAGGAUUUUGUAAUUUGAAACAGGUUGAUCUGAAGCUUAAGAUCUGUAGAGGGUCAUCUUCAAUUAGGAAAAUUCUGGUGAGAGAAGCGAAAUCAUAUGGUGCAAGUGAAUUAAUUCUUGGGACUGCAACUAAGAAUCACGAUCACCAUGGGAUGAAAAUUACUUCUGCUUCUUCUGUUGCUAAAUAUUGUGCUAGAAAACUCUCCAAGGAUUUCACUGUACUUGCGGUUAAUAAUGGCAAAAUUGUCUUUCAGAGACAAUCCUCUACUGCUGCUACUACUUCCACCGACACUUGUUCCACAACAGAUGCUGAAAAUCAUCGUCUGCAUCAAAAUUUGUUAAGGGCGUUCCAUAGAACUUUGAGUAAGAAAUGUAAAGAGCUAAAUAGUAUAACAAAUGGAAAUUCUAAUCAAGGGAAAUCCCUGAAAAAGAAGAAGUGCUCUAUUUGUUCACCGGUAUCUGUUUUGCCAGAAGACACCAGUAAAUGUGAUAAUGCAGAAGAAGAUUCAUUGUCGGAUGAUGGUUCAGUUGAUAAUUCCAUGGCAUUGGUCCCUGUACAGACUCAAGAGGUAGCCUCUAGUUCAGUCUCUCCCUCAGAGCGUCAAAGCUCUGGGUCAAGACCUGGGUGGCCUCUCCUUCGUCGAGAAUUUCUGUCGAAUGAGCAAAAACCACUGAGAUCUAAGUUCAAGGAGAUAUCUGUAGUUCAAUGGGCAAUGCAAUUGCCAUGUCGCCUUUCGUCAUUAUAUCUUGGUCAUUCAGAUACUGGGGAUUCCAGUUGCAAUAGUAGCAAAUCUAUUAGUUUAGAUGGUGAGAGUGGCGCGAUUGUGCUAGUGGGAGAAAAUCCUGUUUGUUCUCCUUCCUCUCCUUACCAUGAGUUCACAAAGAAACUACCCAAAGAAUUGGAGUCUCUUCAUGAGAAAUUCUCUUCAACUUGCCGAUUGUUCACUUAUGGGGAACUUCAGACUGCAACUUCAAACUUCAUUCCAGAGAAUUUGAUCGGCAAGGGAGGGAGUAGUCGAGUUUAUAAAGGUUGCCUUUCUGAUGGUCACGAACUGGCAGUGAAAAUCUUGAAACAGUCUGCAGAUGUUCUCAAGGAGUUUGUUUUGGAAAUUGAGAUCAUCAAUACCUUACAUCACAAGAACAUUAUGUCCCUCUCUGGGUUUUGUUUUGAGGACAAUAAUCUUCUCAUGGUUUAUGAUUUCUUGUCAAAGGGAAGUCUAGAAGAAAACCUUCAUGGUAGUAAGGACAGUCCAGCAUUGAAUUGGAUGGAUAGAUUCAAGGUGGCCAUUGGUGUAGCCGAGGCACUAAAUUAUCUGCAUAGCAAUGAACAGGCCGUGAUUCACAGAGAUGUGAAAUCAUCCAACAUUCUUCUCUCAGAUGAUUUUGAGCCACAGCUGUCGGACUUCGGACUUGCUAAAUGGGCUUCAACUACUGCAUCUGGUGUAACCUGUAAUGAUGUUGCAGGAACUUUCGGAUACUUAGCCCCUGAAUACUUUAUGUAUGGUAAGGUCAAUGAUAAGAUUGAUGUUUUUGCAUUUGGGGUCGUACUUCUCGAGCUUCUUUCAGGGAGGAAACCGAUUGACAGCGACAAUCCAAAGGGCCAAGAGAGCUUAGUCAUGUGGGCUAAACCGAUUCUAAAUGGUGGAAAGGUUUUACAAUUGUUGGAUCCAAAGCUGGGAGAUAACUAUGACCGAGAUCAAAUGGAGUGGAUGGUUCUUGCUGGAACUCUUUGUAUAAGACACGAACCUAGAACUCGUCCUCGAAUGGAUCUUGUCUUGAAGCUAUUAAAUGGUGAUGCCGAUGUAAUUAAGUGGUCGAAGCUGCAACUCUGUGCUUCCGACGAGUCCUCAUUAGAUGGAGAAUCACUUCCGCCACCUGACAUCCAAUCCCAUCUUAACUUAGCACUACUCGACGUGGAAGACGAUACAUCUUUUAACAGCAUUGAACAAGGUCUCUCAUUCGAAGAAUAUUUGCAGGGAAGAUGGAGUCGUUCAUCAAGUUUCGACUAAUACCAAGGCUCCCAACUGAUGAUUAGGUACCAAAAAGAAAAUACACUCAUCAACUUACAGCGGUUCAUGUACAUCUCAAGGGCCAUUGAGGCUCUUUUCUCAUUUAUCGAAAAUUUCAGUGCUAAUUAUUGGUCUUGGAUGAGAGGUCGUUUGUUGAAGGUUUACCCUCCCUCCUCCUCGCCUUGGAAAAAAAAAGACUAGUGUGUCCGUCGUCCCUUUAGUAAAAAUUAAAAAAGAGUUCUAGUCUGGUAUUAUUUUCAGCUCUCCCUAAGGGUCAGAUGAAGAGUUCAUUUGCAGUUGUAUUUUUUUCUUUUUUGUUAUAAACAAAAUAAGAAAAUGGAGUAGUUGCUAAAAACAUUUUGUGUAUUGGUAGAAAGGGUUACAUUUACAUAAAAACUGGUCUUAUGGCUGCUUGAAAAGUUCCUUCUGUUCUUCUGUAAAUAAACAAAGUUUGUUGUUGCUGUUA